GUUUUUUUUAUAACAGUUCGGGUUUGUUUACAUUUUGCGCAGCAUGGAUUCAAAUGACUCUAGUUUCCAGAAUUCCGACGAUGUGCACCAGGAAGAGAGAAUGAGGCGAAAGGCAGUGCUUGUGGAAUAUCCAGGACUUGUGGAGAAUGUGGGCAAGUGCCUGGAAACAAUGGGAGGGAUUGGCAAAUUAUCUGAGACAUUCAACAACGAGAAGAAACGCCUUGAAUUAAAAUUUACCCCUGAAAAUCUAUUCUGCAAGCCCGUGUUUGCCGAUGAGCACGCCACAACAGGGAUCCUGCUGAAGAUUAAGCUUCCCCGUCGACGUAACACCCGGUCUGUGGAAGUCCCUUCAGAGAGUGCAGAGAUUGUGGCCAGGGUGGAGACUUGCUAUAGAUUCACCAGUAUGUGUGACUUUCAACUAUUGCCAAUUGUGAAGCGAGACGAUGAGAGAGUAGAGAUGAUCUACAAUGAACUCAUCCCAACGUAUAGAGACAAUCAUUCCUGGCUGACAGAGAAUCCCAGCAUCCCUUAUUUCCUGCCACCGCUGCUCUUCUCCCGCCUCGACACGGUGCAGCACAAGACCUUCCGAUCGAGCCAGAUAACAGAGAAAGGCGCUACUGUGCAGCAAUUCCAGGAGCGCAAGAAGAGAAGCAAGCAUAAUGUGAUCGCGUCCUUCAAUCUCCAUGACGCUCUGCCGGACAAGAUGAAUCCAGCAGCGGCGGAGAUGCUCAAGGUAAAGUUCGUCUCCAACGACGAAUACACCACAGUGAAGAAUUUGCUGCAGGAGCGCCCAAUUUGGUCGCGUAUCGCCUUGUGUUACGUCUCUCAAGUCCCGGUGGCGAGGCUGAAGGUUAUUCUGCCCACGUUAGCCUUCUUCUUCAACUCCGGUCCGUGGAGGAUCCUGUGGUGUCGCUUUGGUUACGAUCCCAGGAAGCACUUCGAGAGUCGGCACUGGCAAGUGCUGGACUAUCGACUGCGGAAUCACGUCGCCGCGAAGAACUACGUGACGCGCAAGAGCAGCCACGUUCUGGGAUCGGUGAACAAGGCCAGCGUGAGCCAGAAGAAGUUCACCAAGCCCACAUCCGGAGCGCGGGGUGAGGAGAAAGAAUCCUUGGUCUACUCGCCGUACUUCGAGGUGGGAAAAAUGCCCGAGGCGCGGCAGAUAAACUACCAAUAUUGCGAUAUCCGCGUGCCCAAGAUCCAGGAGAUGCUGGAGAAACUCCCCGGUCCACUCUACGGCACGACGUGUACCGAAAAGUCCGGCUGGCUGCCUCCUGGCUUCGAGAUGCAGUGCCGCGAUAUCAUGAACGAACUCAUUCGCGAACACUUCCAGACGGAGAUCCUGAAAAAGGAGGAAAUGGAGGAGUCUGGCGAAGAGGAAUCGACCGGCGAUGAGGACUCCAUGCUGGAAGAGACCUUCGAGGAAAUGGACAUUGAUUGAAUGCGCCUCUA